CAGGCUGCCGUGCAGGAGCUGUCACUUGCACUGUGGUGCUGAAGAGACGCGCUGUAUGUAACAUGUCUGUAGCACUGCUGUCUGUGCACUGAGGAGGACCUGAUGGCAUUUAUCGAUCACUCUCCGGCAAUAUGAACGAGUCCAGCAGCUCCCUGCUCAGUGCUGGGGAGGCCAGGAGACCUCAUCCUAGAUACCAACUGCCCCAUGAGCCUGAUCCAAGCUAUAGGAGGCCUCUAUGUCACCCCCGGGAGAGUGGACUUACUGGGGGAAGGAGGCGCCAGUCCCCACGGACAACUGAGAGCCCCCCAGUAAUGAGAAGACUUCCUCAACAGGAGGGAGGAAGGAGGACCAGACAGUCCAGUAGCCCACAGUACCAUGCUAACCACCAUCGCUACCCCCCUUCCAUUUAUCCCCAGUACUCAUCCGGCAAAUACCAGUCCAGCAGCCCUCCUCCUGACCACCACAGUCACAUCCAGCACCAUCCCAAUUUUCAAAGUCAUCACCAGCAUACCCCCACUCACCAUCCUCAGACCCCAAACACCCAUCAUGCCCAUCAACACAUGUCUCACACAUACAACCACAGGCAAUCUCCAAGCCCUAAACAACAAUCCCCUAGUCCAAGGCACCAUACCCAAACCUCUAGACAUCAUCAACCAAGUUCCAGGGACUAUCCUCCCAGUCCGAGGGAGCAUACCCCUAGCCCCAAGCAGUCUUCUCCCAUUCCAAGGGAACAGCAAGACAGUAGCCAAGAACUGAGGGCAAGGAAGAAGUACUCUGGCAAAGGAUCUGAAGGCACCUCCACUCAACCUUCUAAAGCCAUUGACAUUCCUCAGGGGAAAAGCAGCGACAGUGACCCUGAGCCGGACACCGAACCUCUGUUUGUGGAGUUGCACCCAAUCCUAAGCUCUGUGUUUGGUCAGGACCGAGAACUACGUCCAGAAGAAAUAGAAGAAUUAAGAGAAGCCUUCAAAGAGUUUGAUAAAGACAAAGAUGGAUACAUCAGCUGUAAGGAUCUGGGGGAUUGUAUGAGGACCAUGGGAUACAUGCCAACAGAGAUGGAACUAAUAGAACUAUCUCAGCAAAUUAAUAUGAACCUUGGAGGACAUGUGGACUUUGAUGAUUUUGUGGAGCUAAUGGGCCCUAAGCUACUUGCAGAGACAGCUGAUAUGAUUGGAGUAAAGGAGCUUCGGGAUGCUUUUAAGGAGUUUGACACCAAUGGAGAUGGAGAAAUCAGUACAAGUGAACUACGGGAAGCCAUGAAAAAGCUCCUGGGACAACAGGUUGGCCACAGGGACAUAGAAGAUAUUAUACGUGACGUUGAUCUGAAUGGAGAUGGACAGGUGGACUUUGAAGAGUUUGUCCGCAUGAUGUCUCGCUGACAUUUGGUGAAUCAGUGGCCAUGUCCCCAUCUGACUGUGCUGCAUUGGCAAAGCUGUGCCUGAAAAAACCCUGUAUUGUCUUGGACUUGCAAGGGCAGUGCCCACAUCAGCCAUAAUGUCCCUACUUUGAAGGUGGUGUCACCAUGCCUUCUCCCAGUAUUCUUGUUAUGGGAUCCAGCACACGCCAUUCUUCCACCUAACCCUUCUGCUUUGACUUCUUGUGUGCCAUCCCAAACUAUAAAUGUGAUAUCCUACCAAGGGGAAAUCCUGAGAGACUUCUUUCUGACUGUUGUGCGAAGUAAAGAAGUCUCCAAACCAUCGGGAAAGGCAAACCUAUGUGUGCAUGAGCCAGCACCCUUCAUGUGACUUUAUUCCUAGAGGAUUUGUGCAAUAAUAGAAUAGAUUUUGCUUCCUGGAUUUUUACAAGAUAUAAAUAACUAGUAUAUAUUAUAUAUACUUCUGGGUUUACAGUCAAAGGAAACAUGUUGUGUAGAGUAUAGGUAUGUAUAACUACACACAACCCAAGCACUCACCUAGGGAAACAUCUAAUGCAAUGAUCUAUCUAUGAUAAUCCACGGAAAAUACCAGUCCUAUAUUUAACCACAGAUGCCAGAAUAUUUUCAAGCCUAAAAGCUACUUAAUUCCAUAACCACAUUAUUCUUUCCAUAUAUUCCAUGUUUAUUUUUGUAUCCAUUUAAUUUCAUUUCAGUUUACUUUGCUGUAACAUUGCAUGUGGCCUACACAGAAAUCCAAUUUGUUAUCUUCAAAACAUAUCAAGAAAGAAUGAUAGCAAUACGGUAUCAAUACUGCAGAUUACUGCAAUUAACAUGUAUCAUAUUUCAAUCAAUUUUAGAUCCAUGACAACAAAUGAACCCCUUCAUUUCUAAAGCCCGUGAACUGUUAUACUGACAUGCCUGUAACAUAUAAUGGCUAUUUUAUACUGCAGUCAUACCUAUUGGAAAUGGAAAUUUUCCUCAAAUUUAAAUCUAUAUACAGUAGUCCCUCAAUUUACAAUAUUAAUUGGUUCUGGGACGACUAUUGUAUGUUGAAACCAAUGUAUGUUGAGACCAUAACUCUAUGGAAACCUGGUAAUUGGUUCUGAGGCCCCCAAAAUGUCAUCAAAAAUAGGGAAAAAAGUCAGGAUUAAAGAAAAAUAAGUAGAAAACUAAUAUAGAUAAAGCAAGUCCUUACAUAUAAAAGUAAUAAAGAUCUACUGGGAGCUAUAAUCACUGUCUAUGUCAGUGUUUCCCAACCAGGGUGCUUCCAGCUGUUGCAAAACUACAACUCCCAGCAUGCCCGGACAGCCUUGGCUGUCCGGGCAUGCUGGGAGUUGUAGUUUUGCAACAGCUGGAGGUACCCUGGUUGGGAAACAAUGGUUUAUGUAGAGGACAGGAGCUUCUUCAGGGUCCUAUACAGUACACACAGUGUCCCCAAAUGGAGCCACCCUUACCUGGUGUCCUAAGGAGCAGCUAACCCUGGAGUAGUACAGAACAUGUAGUUCCUCCCUGUACUGUAGGGGGCGCUACUAGACUCCAGUCAGUGCAUACACUUCAGUAAUACAGGUGAUUUACCAGUAAAAUGCCCAUUCUGAUUGGUCAGUUCUUCCAGCCAUUGACACGUUUCAAAGAUCUGGACUGUCUAUAUAUUGUAUGUAGAGUCUGGUUUCAAGUUACAAUGGUCCAGAAAAGACCAUUGUAUGUUGAAACUAUUGUAUGUUGAGGCCAUUGUAAGUUGAGGGAUCACUGUGUGUGUAUAUAUAUAUAUAUAUAUAUAUAUAUAUAUAUAUAUAUAUAUAGAGUUUUAUUCAUUUCCAUAAGUCUAUAGCUAUUAUUUGUAUUACAUAGCUGCAAAUGUAAGAGUUAUGUCUGUUAUUUUAUGUCUGUAUCUGCUUUGAAAAAUUUUUUUUUAUAUAUAUAUAUAUAUAUAUAUAUAUAUAUAUAUAUAUAUAUAUACAUACAUAAUUUCUAUAUCAUUUCCACUCUUUUCUUACAUGCUUUCAUCUUCAGUAAAUAAUAUUGCAGGGCAUAAACAGCUUGGACUAUAUAGUUUAUCAAGACAAAUAUGUUCCUGUAGUUGAGCGAAACAGGCCAAUACCGUAACAAUGUUUUUCUGCACUCAUAAGACUUGAUAUUACUGUCCCUUCAGCUUUAUCCAUGUAAAGUAAAUCAAUGUCACUUGCUUUGAUAGCCCGUAACAUCAUAAGGAUUUCUUGCCUAAUGGAAUGAGACAGUGUAAGAAAGUUACCUUCAGGCUUGAACUGGCCAUUCACUUUACCAGCAUUUCCACCAUCCCCCACAGGGUAUACAUCCCUUCAGCAUAUGAAAGUCAGGGGUAUCUUGGGAAAACUCCUCCUUGUGUUUGAACAAUUUCCGAACAUCUAUAUUAGAGAAUGAAGUGCAUGUUAGAUAUUAUAUAUUACUUCUGGGUCAUAGUGAACAUCUAGAACUAGUUCUCCGGUUGGCUUCCUCUCAGCAUCUACCAUCAUAUUAUACUGGCAUGUUACAUAAUGUGUGUAUGUAUUUAUGUGUUUAUUCUUGUUCAUUUACUGUUAUCGAUUGCAUUUUCUAAAAGUCCGGUUUUAAUAGAAACCAACAGUGCCAACUAUAUGAACAGCAUUAUUAUAGUUUGUGUAUUCUGUGUAUGAUUCUUUUCAUUUGCACUCACGUAAAGACUACAAAUCACAUUUUUGGCUGCAGACUCAUAUAUUAUGUAGCAAAAGCUAUUAUCCCAAAAAUAUUUUAGUUUCUUUGAAUAGUUUCUCAAUUCUCUUAGAGUCUCAAAGUUAUUACAGAAACAACCCCAAAUAGUUUCACUUUGUUAUUCUGGGUUUUAAAACUGUUACGACUUUCCUUUGUGUAUUUUUAACUUUUCAUUUAAUUGUUCAAAUGACCCUCAAAAUCCUUUAUUAAAACAAUUGAUGACUUACGUUGUUAUUAAUGUAUUGCAGUUGAAAGUUUUUAAAUUUACAUUUACGUUUAUAUGCUUUCUUGGGCACUGUUAUAAUAAAAAAAAAAAAAAAAUGUCAUAGACCCUAA